UGACCCCCCAACAGUGCCCACUCCCUCAGCACUGACCCUCCGACAGUGCCCGCUCCCUCAGUGCUGACCCUCCGACGGUGCCCGCUCCCUCAGCGCUGACCCUCCGACAGUGCCCGCUCCCUCAGCACUGACCCUGAUCUUCACAACCUGCUCCUGGUGCUCCUAGGGACAGUCCACACUCUUGCUUAGAAUAUCCCGCGCGUCUCACGUUUAGAACAUGUUUUAGUUUUUGUUCCUCACGUCCGGUCAUCCCUGCCUGGCCUGUAUUUUUGUGUGCCUGCCCUUAAUUCCGUCCCUAUCCCGCGUUUCAACCCACUGUAGCCCACCCACCCUUGGCACCGCGCAGGGUGGCAGCGCCUUGCGGGUGGGGUAUUCGGGGACUUCGAAGGCGCGGUCGGUCUCAGCCCGGAGAGCCGAGCAUGGGCUCUCGGAGGGGAAUUAGCAGGGAGCGGUGUCCCCCCUGCCUCACUCAAAACCACCUCCCCACUGCCCCUCUGCAGAGCUAAGAGGAGGCAGUUUAAAUCGACAGGAAGAAACAAGGAAGGGUCAGAUCAUGUUGAAUCUGUUAGGGGGUCGAAUCGAGGAACCACAAAGGUUAAAAUACCUAUAGUUGGGCUUGUGUACAAGCCCCUGAACAGUAGUCAGCAGCUGGGGUGCACGAUACAGCAGGAGAUUGAAAAGCAGGAUGGAGCCCGGAGAAUAUCUGUCGCGCAUCGUUUACGAGGGGGGAACGGAGCCGACACUGGAGAACCUGAAGGCCAUGCACAGGUGCCAUGUGUUGGCAGUGCCAUUCGGCAGCCUGGCCAUUCACUGCGGUGAGCCCAUCCAGCUGUCCCUGCCCGAUGUCUACCGCAAGGUGGUGGUCCACAGGAGGGGGGGCUUCUGCUAUGAGCUGAACGGCCUGUUCGCCUGGCUACUGGGAGCCCUCGGCUAUGGGGUCCAGAUGCUGUCUGGCCGUGUUCGUAACUCCUACACCGGGUGCCUGGGACCCCUGGAUGACCACCUCCUCCUGCUGGUGACAGUGGUGGGUGAGGGCGGCCAUCCCUGGCUCUGCGACGUGGGAUUCGGGAACUCCUUCCGCAGCCCCUUGCCCCUGAGGGACGGCCUACUGGAGCGCCAGGAGAAUGGCCUCUUCCAGCUGCAGCAGGCGGCAGGGGAGGGGGGAGGCUGGCAGCUGAGGCGCUACCCAUCCUCCAGCUCAGGCCCCACGGACGAGCCCGGCGCCACCCUUUACACCUUCAGCACCCGGCCGCGGGCCUGGCGCGACUUCGAGGGCAUGUGCUGCUACCACCAGACCUCACCCAGCUCCAUCUUCGCCUGCAAGUCCUUCUGCUCGCUCCAACUGCCUGGCGGGCUGGUCAGCUACGUGGGGCAGCGCCUGAUCGAGACCCAGUUCACCGCCCAAGGAGACUGCAAGACCACCACGGUCCUGGCCGAAGAGGACAUACCCCGGGUCCUGAGGGACAGAUUCGGCAUUGUCCUCAGGAACAGGCUGACACCCAAAGACGAAGACAUAUUGCCUCCAAGGGAAGGACCGUGACCGGGGCGUUGGGGUGGCGUUCGAGGGUGAGGGUGUGUUGGCGGGGGGUCACGGACGGCGCCAGCUCCUCCUGCGCUGGCCGGCUCCAAACAAAUCUACAGCAAAUAAACAACGUGCAUUCCCAGUGCGAGCUACAAUGUU